GUAUCCGUAGCAGGUGUCGUUAACAGAUCAGAGCCGCGGACUAACGGGACUCCGGCUCUUCCACCCAUCAUGCACCCACUGUUGUUCGCGUUCCUGGCCGCCGCCGGUGCCUCCGCCUGGGGCUUCCCGGGGCCGGCCGGGCCCUGCCUCGCCCCGCUGCAGUGGGAGGGCCGCUGGGUGAUGUACGACCACGGCACCGGGAGGAACAGCCGGGCCGCCGUGUCCUACGACGCCGUGAAUCAGCGGCUCCGAGUCCUGCAGCAGCACAAGAAGCACACGCCGUGUCAGAGGUUUUUCGAGUACAUCUACUUGUACCAGAUGAAGGUGAUGUUCCAGAUCGAUCAGAAGACCAAGGAGUGCUCAAAGGUGGCUCUGAGCGACGCCUGGGAUCCCUUCGACAUCCCAGACAACUCCACAUUUGAGGACCAGUACUUCAUCGGAGGCCCCGGGGACAACGUGGAGGUCCAGGAGUGGUCCGACAGGAAGCCGGCUCGUCAGCAUGAAACGUGGGUGGGCGUUUACACCCUGAAGGACUGCUACCCGGUGCAGGAGACGUACACCAGGAACAGCAGCGUCACCACCUCCACCCGCUUCUUCAACAUCCAGCUGGGCAUCAGUGACCCCAAUGUCUUCACCCCGCCCAGCACCUGUCAAUCAGCCCGGCCCCAGGUCAUGGACCAAUCCCACUGCUGAGGCGUUGCGUCGUUUGGACAACUGCUCAUUUUACAAACAUACUUUUUAAGAUAACUUUUUAGCCAGCCUUUAGCUUCUUAAUUAUGCUUGACUAAAGCUAUUAACCCAUAAAGACCCAAAAAGCCACUGGCAACGACCACAGUCAUCUACUGAUCUACACUGUUUAAUACCUGUUGAUCCACUAAUCCUAUCAAUACAUGGAAAUAACUGGUGUACAAGACAGUUUGUUAUCUAUUCUUGGUCAUCAGAUAUGAUCCAUUUGGACGUUCAGAGGCUUCAUAGUUACCGUGGAAACACUGUCAUCUUCUACAUCAGGAGAGUCAAACCUGUUUUAGUUUAGGGGCCCCCUUUCAGCCCAAUGUAAUCUCAAGCGGGCCGGACCAGUAAAAUAAUAACAAUGAACAAAGUGAAAUCACAUUAUGAAUUAUAAAUGUUUGCAUCUACAAACUAUCCUUUAAAAAAGUGAGAAUAACAUGAACAACCUGAGAUUUCUUAAUAUAAUAUGUGCAAUUUUAACAAUAUUCUGCCCUAGUUUA